GAGUUCUGCGGCCGCCGAGCGAUGUCUUUAAGGCGCCGUCUCCACCCCCUUUCCGGGCCAUCGCUGGAGGCUCCUUGCCCGCCCUUCUCCGCGGAGCCGGCAGAGAGUGUAAUGCAAUGAGAGGUUGCAAACCACAGGUGCAAACGAGGCUCGAAGCACUGUGGCGCCUGGGCUCUCGCUCGGAGGUGGUGGCGGCGGCGGCGGCGGCGUGCCUAGGGAGGGAAGCCAGGCAGCAAGCGACCUCGAGAGGCUUUCCCCAGGAGGGAGUUGAAGCGGAGUAUGUCAGUGGCUACCGGGGGUAGUGAGCCGGCGGCCGCCGCUACUGGUGGGGGCGGCGGGAACCGGGUUUUCUUCCAGAGCCCCCGCGGCGGCGGCGGCGGCGGCGGCUCUUCCCGGGAGGAUUCGGUCGCCCCUGCGGCCGCGGUGGUGCAAAUUCAGCAGCAACAGCGGCGCCAUCAGCAGGGCAAAGUGACGGUCAAAUACGAUCGCAAAGAGCUGCGGAAAAGGCUGGUGCUGGAGGAGUGGAUCGUGGAGCAGCUCGGGCAGCUCUAUGGCUGCGAGGAAGAAGAGAUGCCAGAUGUAGAGAUUGACAUUGAUGAUCUUCUUGAUGCUGCUGAUGAAGACGAGAGAGCACUCAAAUUGCAAGAAGCGCUUGUAGAUUGCUACAAACCUACAGAGGAUUUUAUCAAAGAACUGCUAACUCGGAUAAAAGGAAUGAGGAAACUGAGCCCUCCUCAAAAGAAAAGUAUAUAACUGGAGUGGGAGCCAUCCUGAGAGACGUGACCAUGUAACUGGAACUUUUGAAUAGAACACAUUCUAGCUUAAUUGUUAUAAGCAAUUUAGUUCUAUUUUUUAUUUCUUUUCUGACUUUGUGUUUUUAAAGAUUUUUUUAAGUGUCAAUUUUUUUUAUCAUGGAUUAUCAACAUCAUGGAUGCUGUUUUUACUACUUGAGGAUGAUCAAUAUAAUGGGGGGAAACUGCCAAAUUAGAGACUGUCCCAGGCAGAUUUAACUGUCCCAGGCAGUAAUCUUACCUAAUGGAUUGUGUGUAGAACUACUUGGGAAGGAUGUUUUUCAUUGUUGUCUCUCUUUUUUUUACUACUUGGAUCACUUAAGUUGUACAUCCAACUCAUGGAUAUCAAGAUUCUUGUGCUUGUGUACAUAAAUUAUUGAGUGAUUUACCACUACUUCACUUGGGUGGAAGAGAAAUGUGGUCUAGUCAACCAUUUAAAUGGAAGUUGUAACAGAUGUGGUGUUGGGGGAGGGGGAGGGAUGCAAUUUGUUACAGUGAAUGGUGCCACUGUUUCUAAAUGCAUUUAAAGCAUUGGGGUGAAUAUUUUCAUUCACAAAGUAACACAUGAGCAAGCUGGGGAUUUUAAGGGCUUAAUUUUGAGGGUUUGAACUUACUUUAUUGACUUUGAUGCUUAGCCAGAUCAUCUCCUCUUCACCUCAUGGUCUGUUAGGAUUGUAUUAAUCGACUGCCUACGGGUUUGAUGCGAUAGUGGAUGGUCGGUGCUGUUUCAGAGGAGCUUCUUGUAAAAGGAAAUACAAUUGCAGGCAAGCUGAUUCUGUGUUUGGCCCACUGCAGUUCCUUAUCACUCUUCUUAAACUACUCUUCUUCAAUGUUAGAUCACUUUCCUAGUGUUGACAUCAACCCUGGGGGUGGAGACUUCUUAGUCAUGAAAGCAGGAUCCCGUUACUCUUCAGGAAAACAUUUCACAAGCUACCAUCUGCUGGUAGAUGCUAGUCUAGCAUUUUAUAUCAAGGGUGCUCUGAACAUAAUUUUAUUUUUAAAAAGACAAAAUACAUGUUUGUGAACUUUAUGUACACUGGCAAGCUUUUAAAAAUGUAUUUACUUUUGUAAUGUUUUAUCAAUGAUUUUAUUUACUUGAUAUUUACUCAAAUAAAUGCAACAACUUGUGGCUUUGUUUUAUAUGUAUUUUAGUUGUCAGCAUACAACUGGAAAUUAAAAGUGUCUUCAUUGUACUGAUAAGCAAAAAUAGGAUGACAAACAACUACAAACCUGAUCCAGUUUAAUUUUUGUUUUUUAAAAACUCACGAGUCUCUCAUCAAAUGUAUGUUGGAGUGGGGUUUUUUUUGGUAAAAAGUGCCUCCUGGAAAGGUGUGUAUGUUACCAUUUAGUAUAGCUGUUUUUUUUAAAUAAAACCCUUUUGUGUUUAAGGGUUUUUUAAUGCUUGGCAAGCUAUGCUGAGAGGGAGCAUGUGCCAUAAUAUCUUGUACAAUUAUAGCACUCUAUAAAUAAGCUUUUAAGUCAUAGCUGACCCUCAUGACAACACCAAAACAAGUGCAACUUAUUCAUUGAGCAGUGUCACAUGUGACUCAAUUUAAUGUAAGAUUUUGGUUUUUGUGGCAAGGCAUUAUCACUGUAUUCAAACUUCCAACUGUGGUUUUUGCACUUCCCUGAAAAACAGCAUUCCAAAUUGUAAUUUGCAGCAAAAGUCAAAAUCUUUAACUGUCAUGCCUUACAUUAGCAUGGAAAUCCCCCAGAUUUGUUCAUUUGCUAACAAUUCCUGGUUGGUCAAAUCUAAAUACAUGCUAAAUGUGAUUGUUUUCUGCUGUCACUUUGUGGAAUAAAGCCUUCAGUUAACAAUACAUACUUAUUUCAUGGUUAGUAAACCACAUUAUGAGUAAUGCAUUGCAGAUGGCUAUGAAUUUAUAUAUAUGUUCUAAUUGUCAGAUCAUUUCGUUCCCCUCUCUAUUUAUCAAGGCUUGGCCUGCUCCCACUGCCUUUUGUCCAGAUGUCCCCUCAGAUUUGCUUGAUUUCUUGUUGUCUUUGCCUGUAGAAUACUUACUAGUGUCAUCUGCUUCUGUAGCUUCCCUGAGUUGUGAUUGUUUUACACAAAGUUUAUAGCAACCACUCAGUAGCUGCUGUUUUUCCUCCUCCACUACACAUGCAACAACAGCUACAAAAAAUGACAAUAAGCACAUAUAUAUAAUGAGAUUAUUUAAGAGAGAUUGGCAAAGCUCUGUGGAUAUCUCCCCUGAAGUUAUAGAAAUCUCAUCUACAGACAGUCUUGCUCAGGAAUGUACAAAGUGACUCUCAGUUCUUGCCACUAAAUUAAAACAUACAGACUUGGUUUAUUUUAUAACUGUCACCAAAUCCAUUAGGAUUCAUUUGGAUGCUGUAAAGUAAUCUCAUGGAGAACAGCAGUUUACAAGCCCAGAACCAGCCUACUUCCCUAAACUCAGGUUCUAAAUUGACUACUGAUCUGGGCAAGAAAUACUUUUUAAGAGACUAUUUCUCCAACCUGUCUGCUGUUGUUUCAAAUGGGGUGUUUCAAAAUGGGAUGUAGAUGCCAUUUUUAGAUGAAGGUUACUCAAACCAGAAUAGAAUGCAAGAAAGUUAAAUAUGCAUACUUUCUAGCACAGUUCAACCGAAUUAGGAUUAUUAGGCAAGACCUAAAACUGAUUUUACUCAUGGGAGACUGUUUCAGGGGGUGGAUGGUCUGGGUUCUAGAUCAUUGCUCUGGGUUCUAAAGCAGUGGUCCUCAACCUUCCUGAUGCCACAACCCUUUAAUACAGUUCCUCAU